AUGGCGGCUCUCGACGAUGGCUUCGAGGCCCUGCUGGAGCCGUUCUACAAUGGCAAGAAGCUGACGGAUCCCGUCUCGACCAAGGAGGACAAGUUCCAUCUCGUCCCGGCCUUCCUCAAGGUCAAGGGUCUCGUCAAGCAGCACAUCGACUCGUACAACUACUUCGUCAAUGAGGAGAUCAAGGACAUCGUCAAGGCCAACCGCGUCGUCCGCAGCGACCAGGACCCCAACUUCUGGCUCGAGUUCAGAGACAUCCGCGUCGGCAUGCCCACCCGCACCGAAGAUGGCGAGCAAGUCCAGUCGAGAAACCCCUGCCGUCUCCGCGACCUCACCUACGCCGCCCCCGUCGAAGUCGAUAUCGCCUAUACCCGCGACAAGAGCGUCAUCGUCCGCAAGAACAUCCCACUGUGCCGCAUCCCCGUCAUGCUCAAGAGUGCAAAGUGCUACCUCAACGGUGCCACCAAUGCCCAGAUGGAGGUCUUCAAUGAGUGCCCUCUGGAUCCCGGUGGCUAUUUCGUUAUUGGCGGAACCGAGAAGGUCAUUUUGAUUCAGGAACAGCUCAGCAAGAACCGUAUCAUUGUUGAAGCCGACGAGAAGACGGGCGGCGUCAUGGCCUCUGUCACCAGUUCCACACACGAGAGAAAGUCAAAGACAUACGUCGUACUCAAGAAGGACCGGAUUGUUCUGCAGCACAACACCCUCUCCGAGCCCAUUCCGAUCGUCAUCGUUCUCAAGGCCUUCGGUGGCCUCUCCGACAACGACAUUAUCGAGCUGGUUUGCGGUGGCGAUGCGCGCUACCAGGACGAUUUCCUUAUCAACUUCGACGAAGCCGGAAGAGCUGGUGUUUACACACAACAACAAGCGUUGGAAUACGUUGGUGCUAGAGUCAAGAUGGGCGGCAACAGACCCAAGUUCGGUGCCGCCCCUCGAAGGAACCAUGCCGAAGAAGGUCUCGACGCACUCGCGAAUCUGGUCAUUGCACACGUUACCGUCGAGGGCCUUGACUUCUACCCCAAGGCCGUCUACAUCGCCAUGAUGGUUCGCCGCGUCCUGAUGGCAGCUCAGAACCCCAAGCUCGUCGAUGACAGAGAUUUCGUCGGUAACAAGAGAUUGGAGUUGGCUGGACAGCUGAUUUCCCUCCUGUUCGAAGAUUUGUUCAAAAAGUUCAUUUCAGACGUCAAGUACAACAUUGACAACUUUUUCAAGAAGCCCAACCGUACAUCUACGUAUGAUCCCCACGGUGCCAUCAUGGCUAAUGGCCAUUACAUCUCUCACGGCCUCAACCGCGCUAUCCAGAGCGGCAACUGGACGGUUAAGCGUUUCAACAUGAACAGAGCUGGUAUCACCCACGUACUCAGUCGACUCAGUUACAUCGCCGCGCUCGGUAUGAUGACCCGUAUCAGCUCGCAGUUCGAAAAGACAAGAAAGGUCUCCGGUCCCAGAGCUCUACAGCCUUCACAGUGGGGUAUGCUCUGUACCUCGGAUACACCCGAAGGUGAAGCCUGCGGUCUGGUAAAGAACUUGGCGCUCAUGACACAUAUUACCACGAAUGUGCCGGAGGAGCCCGUUAAGAAGAUGAUUUUCGCUGCUGAUGAGAGCGUGGGCCCGAUCCGAGAAUACACCGGAACAGAGAUGCACAGCAAGGGCUCGUAUAUAAUCCAUCUGAACGGUACGCCCUUUGCCGUGACCAGGGAGCCAAAACGGUUUGCCGCCAGGUUCCGCACUUUGCGUCGCCGUGGUUGGGUUUCUCCUUUUGUGAGCAUUCACAUCAAUGAGCACUUCUCGGCAGUUCACAUUGCUACCGACGAAGGACGCAUCUGCCGUCCAUACAUCAUCGUCAAGAACGGCAAGUCCAUGUUGAAGGCAGAGCACUUGAAGAUGCUGCAACUUGGCCAGGCGACAUUCGAUACCUUCCUGACCAGCGGUGUGGUUGAGUACCUCGAUGUUAACGAAGAGAACGAUACGCUCGUUGCCCUUCAAGAAGAUCAGAUUACCAACAGCACUACGCACAUGGAAAUCGAGCCGUUCACGAUUCUCGGAGCGGUCGCCGGUCUUAUUCCCUUCCCCCAUCACAACCAGUCUCCCCGUAAUACUUACCAGUGCGCUAUGGGUAAACAAGCCAUUGGUGCCAUUGCCUACAAUCAGUUCAACAGAAUCGACACCCUUCUUUAUACACUUGUUUAUCCCCAACGACCAAUGGUCAUUACAAAGACCAUUCAGCUUAUCCACUACGACAAACUUCCAGCAGGACAGAACGCCACUGUCGUCGUUAUGUCUUACUCUGGCUACGAUAUUGAAGAUGCGCUUGUUUUGAACAAGGCUUCUCUAGAUCGUGGGUUCGGCCGCUGCCAAGUGUUCCGCAAGUAUACAGCCGAGUUGCAAGGCUACACCAACGGUCGCCGUGACCGGGUCGGUGGUAUCAUGAAGGACGAAGACGACAAGCCCAUUGCCAAGCACGCCAUCCUCGAUGCCGAUGGCUUGGCCCAGGUUGGCUCAAAGGUUGAAUCCGGACAAACGAUGAUCAAGAAGGAGACCCCGUUGGACCAGAUCUCUACUGGAAUUGCUGGCGAUCGUGGGUCAGACGACUACCGUGAUGCAUCGACCAACUACCGCAUUUCCGACCCGGCUAUCAUCGACAAGGUCAUGAUAUCGGUCAACGAGCGUGAGAACAAGCUUAUCAAAGUCCAAACUCGCCAAACCCGUAGGCCGGAACUCGGUGACAAGUUCUCGUCCCGUCACGGUCAGAAGGGUGUCGUCGGCAUCAUCGUCAACGAAGAGGACAUGCCUUUCUCCGACAAGGGUCUCCGCCCGGACAUCAUCAUGAACCCCCACGGUUUCCCCUCUCGUAUGACAGUCGGCAAGCUCUUUGAGUGUUUGACCGGCAAAGCCUCGGUCAUCGCCGGCGAGAAAGACUACGGCUUCGGCGACGCCUUCCGCUCGCACCCGGUCGAGUCCAUGGGCCAGGCCCUGAUCGACCACGGCUUCUCGUGGGAAGGCAAGGACUACUUUACCUCGGGCAUCACGGGCGAGCCCAUGGAAGCCUACAUCUACAACGGCCCCAUCUUUUACCAGCGUCUCAAGCACAUGGUGCAGGACAAGAUGCACUCGCGGUCGCGCGGCCCGCGCGCCAUCCUUACGCGCCAGCCCACGGAAGGUCGUUCGCGCGACGGCGGUCUCCGUCUCGGAGAAAUGGAGCGCGAUUGUCUGAUCGCAUACGGCGCCUCCCAGCUGUUGCUGGAGCGUCUCAUGAUCUCUUCGGAUGGCACCGAACUUGACGUUUGCCAGGAGUGCGGACUGUUCGGCUACAAGGGCUACUGCAAUGCUUGCAAGAGCACGAGGAACGUCAAACAGAUGACGAUGCCGUAUGCUUGCAAGUUGUUGGUGCAGGAGUUGAUUUCUAUGAACGUUGGUGUGAAGCUCAAGUUGGAGGAUGAGUUCCCUCACCCUAGGUAG